GUAUUUAUCUAUAUGUAAAAUAUAUAAUCGGGGUAUGUACUUCUAUGUAUGCAUGCGAUAAUUUAAUUGUACCUAUGUAUAAUUCUUGUUGCUAAAUUAAUUUCAAAAACAGAGUUGAAAAUCAACUUCGUUCGAUCUCUGUUUUUCGCGGUAAUUUUUAAAUUAGUCUGUAUCGAUCUCGAUCGAUCUAUCGAAACUCGAGGUCGAUCACACGUCAGAGCAAAUGGCGGCCGCGUAGUGGCACGUAGGGACUGGCUCUGUACUCUGUAUAUUAUUGUUUCUCUCGCGGAGUAGAUUACUCCUCCGUAUCAAUGGCAGUUUCGAACGAUGACGUGAUGAUGAAUAACGUGGCUCACGCGGAGCGAAUCGUGGGCGACGAGUGCCGCAUCUGUCUCAAGUCAUGCACGGAGAUCUGUCAGCUCUUCCGCGACUCCAGGAUACCGGAGAAGCUGAUGGCUAUCGCCGCCGUGCAGGUGGAAGAGGGAGAUGGUCUUCCAGCUUGUAUUUGUUUAUCUUGCAAUCGUCUCCUCGACAUAUCCUAUGACUUUAAAUGUCAGAUUCAAGAAGCCGAUAUGAAACUACGGCAGAUCCUGAAGUCGCAGGAUCUGCACGACGAACACGCGAAGGAUGAUACAACAAUAGUGAAACAUAUAAUUACAAAUCUAUCUGAUGUAGCCUCCUGUGAAAAGGAUAAUCAUGUCAUGGGACAGAAAAUUUAUACGCACCACGAUAUUGUUUCAUUCGAUAGUACUACCAUUCAGUCCGAUGCAAUAAUAAACAACGAAUCUUGCAUUCAUAACGAAUUUCUGGAGAAGACGGAGGAAAUUACAGAGCCAAACGGAAAAGAUACACAGUAUGAUAUGCUCAAAGAAAGUGUACAUAAUACUGAAAUAGCCUUAUGUGACGAGACACACAUGGACGAUUCGUUUACCGAUCAGUCGAAUCGAUUGUCUGAUUCGAUCACGGAUGACAGAUGCAUCAAGCAGGAACAUUUAAUAUUAUCUGAGGAGACCCCAGGAAGUUUAGCGGACGAAAAUGGAGAGGAUGCAUUGAAAAUGGAAAUUAAGAACGAUGUGUCCAUGGAGGAUUUCAAUAAUCAUGAUGUUCCGAAAGAGACUACGAUGUUAGAAAUGGAGCCCCAAAAUCCAACGAAAAACAUGAACUGCAGUGAUGAUGAAGAGAAACCACUGAUAAGUAGGACAGCCAGACAUUUCAGAUGUUCCCUUUGCUCAACAUCGUUUUCGACGAAAAUGUCGUUGCAACGACACAUGCUCGUGCACAAACACAAACAUAAACAUAAGACGAAACUGCGUUAUGUAUGUCAUGUAUGUGACAAACAGUUCUCGAGCAUUUCCAAAUUAAAGAGCCACGUGCUUAACAGUCAUGAAAGUUAUACGGUGGAUGAUAAAAUGACGCAAGCGGCUAAUGAAGAUAAGAAAGUUAAAACAUCGGCAAAAGUUACUAGAAGCGGCAACGUGUUGGAUGGCACGAAAGAGGAGAAGAAGAACUUCAAAUUCACAUGCAAAGUUUGCUCGAAGCAAUUCAUAUAUCAAAAGUCUUUUGUAUCUCACGCCAAAAGUCAUCCUGAAUACAAUGAGGAGACUUCGACUGACGCAUUCGAUCAGUGUGCGAAUAAGACAACGAGCGAGCAAAAGGAAAGGACGCCAACGAUCAGAGAAAAUGACUCCGAGGAGGAAGAGGAAGAAGAGGACGACGACGACGACGACACCAAUCUACCAAUCAAAAGUUUACAAUGCACUCAGUGCGGUAAGGUCUUCGCCACAAAGAGGAACCUGAAGAGGCACAUCUCGACUCAUAGCGGCUUGAAAUUCAAUUGUUCGACCUGCGGGAAAGGAUUUUCAAGGGUUGACAAGCUAAAGGAUCACGAACAAUCGAAGCAUAAGGAGGAAAUAUUCGGCAACACUGACGACGAGGAUGAUGACGAUGAGGAUAAUGAGAACAAAGUCAACGAAAAUUCGGAGAGUCGGAAGAAGGACCGACACAAUAGGCCGCACAAAUGUGCGCUCUGUCCGAAGGCGUUCGCGCAGGCUCAGUCUCUGGCGAACCACGUGGAGAGGCACAAGCGAGUGAAGGACACGCAGAAACGGUUUCUCUGCGAGAAGUGCAGCAAGUGCUUCGCCCAGAGCGGCUCGCUGGUGGCGCAUAUGCGCACGCACACUGGCGUCAAGCCGUAUGUGUGUGACACGUGCAAGCGUGCCUUCACCAAAAGCACCUACUUGCAACUGCACUUGAGGACCCACAGCGGUGAGAAACCCUACAUCUGCCAAUACUGUAGCAGAGCGUUCGCUCGAGCCAACACCCUGGCUCGACACAUCACCAUGCACACCGGCGAGGCCAAGUACCAUUGCAACGUCUGCACCAAGUCCUUCCGACGACUGACCUCGCUGAACGAGCACACGUACACGCACACCGGUCAGCGGCCGUACGUGUGCAAGCUCUGCACCAAAAGCUACAACAAUGCCGGCUCCUUAUACGCCCACACGAAGAAGUGCAAGGCGCAGCAGUUGUCCAAUUCGACGACGGCCGCAUUUGCGGUGACUGUGCCGGACAACACGCUGCAGCAGAACAACGACGCGCCUAUGCCCCAGCUGCUGAUCUACUCCCAGAGGAAGCUGGUAGAGGAGGCGACGGUGGGUCAAGUCGUACCCACGCCACAAUACAUGGUGGCGAAUGUGCACAAUCAGAAAACCGUGCCCGCCAACGUGAUUCAGCCGUUCGCCGUGGAGGAUCCGAGUGUGUACAAUUCGAAACAGUUCAAGAACCCGUAUUACGCAAUUUAUCCGAACAUGUAACGAGGAUCGCCGAUCAUGUCUAUUGGCUCUUUCAUUGCCUUUGUCUUUCUGAUUUUUCUUCCACUUUGAUUAAUCGCAGUUUUUAGCCGCCAAAAGGUAAUUAAAUUAAAUUAACUGCCUAGCGUAAUAUUAUGGUAAAAAAAAAUAGAGAAGGAGAAAAGGAGGAAAAAAGCUAAACAAAUGUCAGUAAGCCUGGAAAGCUCCAGAAAUUAAUUAAGUAAAAUGUUCAAAUUUAUUUAUUUCAGUAUAUAUAAAAA